AUGAUGCAGCAGUCGGACACGGCGGACAGGAAGAUGGCGCAGCCGCUCUACCCUCGGCGGAGCAGCAGCGCGGCCGGCGCCGCCGCCGCCUCCUCCCCGGCCACGCUCGGAGGCCUGAUGGGUGCCGCAGCCGGGCGCCCGCACCCGGACGAGAUGCCGCCGGGUAACCUGCGCUCCGCCGCCGUCGUGCCGGGCUCCGGUCCCGGUGGCGGGCCCAACCCCGGGUCGGUGCCGCCUCCGGCCGCGCCGCAUCCGCCGCAGAGCCUCAGCCUCCAUCCUUCCCCUGCACCUCCGGGGCCGGUGUCUGUGGCCGGGGCCCAGAUUAAGAAGAAGAGUGGCUUUCAAAUUACCAGCGUGACUCCGGCACAGAAUAACGCCGGCUCCAACAACAGCAUCGCCGAGGACACCGAGAGCUACGAUGACAUGGACGAGUCUCACACCGAGGACCUGUCUUCCUCCGAGAUCCUGGAUGUCUCCAGGGCCACCGACUACGAGCCUGAGCGUAGCUCCUCGGAAGAAACUUUAAACAACGUCGGGGAUGCUGAGACCCCCAGCGCCUUGUCUCCUAAUCAGCCUCGCCUGCCUCAGCAUCAGACGACUUUGUAUAAUGGCAGCAUCCACGGUCUCCAUCCACACCACCUACAUCACCCUCAUCCGCUACACCACCACCAUCACCACCACCACCUACACCCAGCGAUGGUGUCAGGGUCCGGGUUGGUUGGUGCCACUGCUGCAACCCCUCCUUCGGCAGGAGGAAUAACACCUUUUGCAAACGUUGCUACUAGUGCUGAGAAAAAUACCAUCAGUGCAUCCAUUCCUGGAUUGGUGAACAGCUCAGUUGGCCCUUCUGCACCGCUGACGUCCAAUAUCGCCCCAGCUAAUGGAAACACCAGGAGUGUAACUGGAGUGAGUAAUGUAAACAUCAGUGUUGGUGGGACUAGUGGCAGUGUCAAUGCUAAUACUGUUGGGGGUACUACCAGUGUUGUUGGGGCUACUAGUACUGCAGCUUCCACAAGUGCUACAGGAGCUCAGGUGGCCACUGGAAGCCAGCAGCCUGCAAUUGGCAGCUCUAGAUUCAGAGUUGUGAAACUGGAUUCUAGCACUGAACCGUUCAAGAAGGGCCGGUGGGUCUGCACGGAGUUUUAUGACAAGGAUAAUGCUGCAGCUCUGGUCGAAAGCAUGUCGAUAAACAGGACGGUGGAGAAUGUAAAGCAAGCGGCGGCUGAUGCACAUCUGGAACGGGAAAGCACAAGUGCAGGGAGUUCGGUGAGCAGUACUUUGAGUGCAAUAGGUUACUAUGUUGAGAAUGCUGGCAAUGGAGAACCGGCGCUGGCAUCUGGACCUCAGCAACAGGCUUUUCAAGCAUUGUGCAGCCAGCAGCUUGACCUCAGCGGCAGUGGUCCUUUGCCUCAAAGUGCUUCUCAGUCGCAGCUCGCUCAAAUUCAGUUGCAUUCACAAGAUGUUAUGCAUUCACAGCAGAAGACGAGUACACCUCUUUCUGGUAGAGCAAGUGUCAGUAAUGUUCCACAAGCCCCAAUUCCACAGCAGUUAGCAUACCCACAGCAGCAACCUUCACAGACCUUGCCAGCUGUCGGCCAGCCUCAGCAACUGCCAUAUGGUCAGCCACAGCCAGCUUCACAAAUAUCGACACAGCAUGUUAUGUCAUCAAAUGCAAGUGCUGGCAUUACAGAAUAUGUGCAGCAUUCUCAAAUGCAGCCUCCUGCACAAGCUAUGCAGCAGAGCAGCAGUGGAGCUGGAUCAGCAGCACUGCCUGGCCAAGCACAACCUGUAUUAGCACAAGUGCAGUCUGGACUGCCACCAAGUCAACCUGUGGGACAUGUUUCAGCAAUGAUGCCACCUGCUGGUUCUGCCAACGGACAACUGGUAACAGGUCAACAGGGGAGUACAAUGUCAUUGUUACAACAGUCUGUCUCUCCAUCUAUAAACCAGUCAGCUCAGAUUGGCUUACAAGCAACUGCUCCUCCACCCUCCUCUGCACAGCAAAUUGUACAGCCUUUGCAAGGUGGAAUGGUACAGCAGCCAGGCAGUGUGCCAGGGCUUGUGCAGCAAGUACCUACAGCGCCACAGAAGCAACAGUUAUUAACACAACCUCAAAGUCAAGGAGUUGAGAAUAUUAUUCAAAGUGUGAACAACCAACAGAUAACUGGAAUAAGUUCUACACCAUCUACUGUUACUGCCAACCUGCCCAGUAUUGGAUCUAAUGUGUCCACCAGUAUACCUACUGCAUCUGUAAGUGCUGUUCCACAACAAACCACCACUCAGACUUCUGUGCAGAAUGGCAACCAGCCAUCCAAUCCAACAAAUGUGAGCCUCUCUAUGGUACCAGGAGGGCUGCAGAAAUUGGCACCAGUCUCGGCCCAGUACCAAUCUGCAGGCCAGUCAUUGUUGAAAGUAGUGGAAGAUUCUGGCUCUCCUGCAGACCAUUCAGUGCUUAACGUACAUCAGGUAGCGAUUGGAGAAACCGUGUUGAGUGCAGCCAAUGCUCUGGUCCAGGAAAUCGCCAGCAGUGCUAACCUACCAGCCUCUGCGUCACUUCUUCCCUUAAAGACAUUGCCACUGUCCAUGCAACCUGUGGAUGGUGAAGACGAGAGACCUGCCACUCACUGGAUGUUUGGGUUUUUUAAUACCAUUCUCCGUAAACCCUCGAGACUUUUGUGCAUGGAAAAUCCCAGUUCUUCUGGUGCCAGUGUGGUAGCCAUAGACAACAAGAUCGAGCAAGCCAUGGAUCUGGUGAAGAGUCACUUGAUGUACGCAGUGAGGGAGGAAGUGGAAGUCCUUAAGGAACAGAUCAAAGAGCUGGUGGAGAGAAACUCUCAGUUAGAACAGGAGAACAACCUGCUGAAGACUCUGGCUAGUCCUGAGCAAUUAGCUCAGUUUCAAGCACAGCUCCAGACAACUGGCUGUUCUCCGCCAGUGUCUCAAUCAGGACAAACCACUCAAUCCACACCACCCAACGGCGGAUCAUCAGCUUAAAGUCCAUGCUGUAGAAACCACUGGGGCCAUCGGGCUUUGCAGAGAAGAGAAAUAAAUCUGUCAUUUCAAUCAUCAUGUAAUAUUUCAUCGCACACCGACAAUUCUUAAUUGGUUAUGGGAACUAGAGUUGUAUAAAGCCAGAAAGAAUCUCUCUUCGGUGAUAAGACAGAGGUCUUUAGCUAAAGGAGUUUGCUUUUAAGGGUGUGGAAUGGAACCUUGUUCUCGAAGAGAGUGGUUGUAUGCGCAAGAGGAGAAGCUGUCAUGCAGUCCGGAGUGCUGCUUACUGAUUGCUGCUCGUGCUGUGAGAAUGCGUGCACAGUUUUAUUUCAUUCAGCACAGCUAUAGCCGAGUGUGCAUGCGCAUGUAUGCGCGCGCGCUAAUAUAACCACUACCUGACAAGGUUGAGGAAGACGUGGAUCAGAGGCAAUCAGAUACUGUCUGUGGAGUCAAGGGGGCUGUGCCCUCCUUUACAGUGCUGUGGGCCACUUCAAAUUAUAAAUGAGCUAUGAAGACACAAUGGGAGUAUGAAGGCAAAGCUAGCAGUAUUUAACUUGAACUAUAGAACUGUCACCUUGGACCUUAAAUGGACAAGUUUGCUUUGUUUACACUUCUUCUCUAAGAUGUGGAGAGGGGUAGAUUUUUCAAUUUAGAUGUGACUCUAAAGAUCUGUGACAAUCCAAAAGAUUGUUCAUCUAAUGUAUAUUGUGUAUGUAGUGUAAGUAUUGUGUAAUAUAGAGCUGUAACUAUUAGGUUGUACAGAUUGAAUCUUGCUGUUUCCAAUUGCAUUUGGACAUUUUUUAUGCUGUUGAACAGAAAUGGCAUUCAUGAACAAUUAUGCUGUUCAAAAAUACUGUAGGCCUGGAAGAAUUUUUUUUUGUAAGUUAAUGGUAUGUGACAGAUAAUAGAAAGUGGUCUACUGUUCCCAUUUCUAUCAAGGUAAAGCAGUGGCAAAUGCUGCACUGACAGAGCGGUCUCCCAGUCAGAAAUGGUGUUGAGAGGUGGGAGUCCCUGGGUUCCAGUGAAAUUGAUUCUUUGUGAAUGCUGUUGGUUCAGUAGUCCUUUGGUCUGUCAAAAUCUAUACUGUAAUGGUUAGAUUCCUGUAGGUUCCAGGAGCAAUGGAUUCAUCCAGCCUGGAUAUAUUUGUUGCUUCUAGUUGGUUGUUAAAUACCUUCUGAGAAAACUGUAUUCAACAGUAGUACAAUAUUUAGAACACCCACGAGAGUGUGUUUUCAUAAUUAAGCACUCCAGACCUGAAAAGUUCUGUUAGCAGUUCUGAUCUCUGCUAUAGAUUUCACAUUAACAGUAAUAGUGUUGCUUAUAUUCUGGUGCAUGUUCUGAAACAGUUGUAACACAUUCAAUUAUACUCGACUGCUGCACAACUUCGAAACUUUCAAUAAACUCAUGUUGGUAAAUAA